CCUUCAGUACUGCUUUUCACGCUCACGUUAGCCAUGGUCAUGCUGCUGUUUCUGGUGCUGUUGAAACUCAUCCCAGCCAACUGUCUGGACUUUGUUCAGGGGCGCAUUGUUGGCGGAUAUACCCCCUCGCCAAAUUCAAUCAAAUACAUUGUAUCAUUACAGAGCUCAAACGGUCAGCACUUCUGUGGCGGAUCUCUUGUCCAUAAGUCCUGGGUGCUUACAGCUGCCCACUGCAAUAUUGGGUGUAUUGUUAAUGAGACUUACAGGAUGUACAGUAUGGCAGGAGACUUGAUGGCCAAGUCUGUGGGUGAGUCGAAAGCCAGACGAAGAAAUACUGUUAUUCAACUCAUGUCCUCUACAAAAGAGUCACUGUGUAUAACAAGAAAUCAGAUAUCAAGCAUAACUAUCUGUUUCUUCACUGUUGCUUACGUAUGUGUUAGAAUAUCAUCCCAUUUUUUUCAGAGGGUCUUUACUGUAUUCUUCUUUGUUUUUAAGAUGGAUCAGAUGAUGGUGGUGGCUGGAGACUAUACUUUAGGUGCUUAUGAGGGGACAGAGCAGUACUCCAAGCCUCUGUUGCUUAACCUGCACCCUCAGUACAACAGGAGCACAAAUAAUGCAGAUAUUUUGCUCAUACAGCUUAGUGCGCCCAUAGAGCUGAACAGGUACGUGUCCCUCGCCCCACUCCCCAAACAGAACGCAGGGCUGCUGGCGGGCAGGGUGUGCCAGGUGUCUGGAUGGGGCUCCAUCAGCCACAGCGGAGGUUUGAUGCCCCUCACCCUGCGUACAGUCAAACUCCCCAUUGUCUCCACCUCCAAGUGCAACAGCAGUAACUCCUUUAGUGGAAACAUCACAACAAACAUGAUCUGCGCUGGGUCCAGCACAGGAGGAAAAGAUGCGUGUAAGGGAGACUCCGGAGGGCCGCUGGUGUGUGAUGGACGUGUUUAUGGCCUGGUCUCUUGGGGAAAUGGCUGUGGAGAUUCUAGGUUUCCAGGGGUUUAUACGGCUGUGUCCAGGUUCCGCAGGUGGAUUGACCAGACAAUAUACAACCCAUAUUCACAAUGCCUUAAGUCAGCCGGUCUUUUCAGCAGGGAAGACUAAACUUCUGUGUGCUUUCUCCAAUACUUGCAUUCAUAUUCAAUAUUUGUACCACAUCUUAAAUUAUUAUGUGGUUCAUCUGUGGUUGAAAUGACAGUGAUAGAAUAUUAUAUUUGACACAUUUUCCUAAUAAAAUAAUUUAUGCACACUAAACACUUUUGUAUAACUACAGAAUUACAGCUGAAAUUAUACACUAUAGAAAACUCAAUUCAUGAAUAGUAAUUGU